AUGGGAGGGGUGAAGGUGAAUUAAGGCACUUUGAAGGAGGUGAGGGAAGUUGUAUGGACUCCGGGAUGGGGAUCCAGAGAGUGGGACAUAGAGGUUGUAAGCCUGACCGCCGAUUAUAGGACAGGUACCUGAAAUAGUCUAGCCGCUGAACAAAGGAAGCAAGCGAGUUUGUCAGGUAAAAAUGCACAGAAAUGAGAUGUUUUGGACCUUUAUACAAUAGUUUGCUGGUGAUGGUUUAAAAACCAAAAUCUUCUACACAGUUGAAACAUUUCAGUGCUGGUUGAAAUGGGAUCUCAUGGGUUUUAUUUUUUGUUUAGGUAUUUUCACCAAAAUGUCAGAGUGUGCAUUUCUGCAGUUUGUGAGUUCCUUUGCAUUUGAAGCAAUGCAGAAGGUGGAUGUGGUAAAGCUGGCUGCUCUAAGUGAUCCCGAGCUGCGACUACUGUUGCCCUGCCUAGUGAGAAUGGCACUCUGUGCUCCAGCUGAUCAAAGCCAGGCUUGGGCACAGGACAAGAAACUCAUCCUUCGGCUCCUGUCCGGGGUCGAGGCUGUGAACUCCAUCGUGGCUUUGCUUUCAGUGGAUUUUCAUGCACUGGAACAGGACGCAACAAAAGAACAACAAUUGAGGCACAAGUUAGGUGGAGCAAAUGGAGAGAGUAUCUUGGUGUCACAGCUGCAACAUGGUCUGGCUUUAGAGUUCGAACACAGUGAUUCCCCUCGUCGCCUCCGUCUGGUACUGAGUGAAUUGCUCGCAAUCAUGAACAAGGUGUCUGAUUCCAAUGGAGAAUUUUUCAUGAAGUCUUCAGAAUUGUUUGAAAGCCCCGUUUACCUGGAUGAAGUUGCUGAUGUGCUCUGCAUCCUACAAGCAGAGCUUCCUUCACUACUGCCGAUCACAGACGUAGCCGAGUCCUUGUUGCACGUUCGGAAUGGGUCCUGGUUCUUGUGCUUGUUAGUUGCCAAUGUACCUGACAGUUUCAAUGAAGUUUGCAGGGGUUUAAUUAAGAAUGGUGAACGACAGGAUGAGGAAAGUAUUGGAGGUCGACGCAGAACAGAGGCGCUUCGCCAGUUGUGCAAGAUGAAUCCUACCCAGGCUCCAAAUAUCAGAGCCAUGGUGGUGGAGGAGUGUCACCUCCCAGGCCUCGGAGUGGCUUUGACAUUAGAUCAGUGUAAGAAUGAUGGAUCUGAAGAUCAGGUGACUGAUCUUGUCUCAUUUGUCAGCGGCUUAUUGCUUGGGACCAACGCAAAAGUGAGGACCUGGUUUGGAAUGUUCAUCCGCAAUGGCCAACAGCGGAAGCGAGAGAUGAGCAGCUCAGUACUGUGGCAGAUGAGACGGCAGUUGUUGCUGGAGCUGAUGGCUAUUCUUCCUACGGUCAGCAGCGGCCGUCUUGGGGAGGACACGGCAGAUACAGACAUGGAACCUAACAUAUCUGUGUACUCUGCACUGAAGGAAGAGAAUGUGGUGAAGGCCAGUGCACUCCUUCGACUCUACUGUGCACUCAUGGGAAUUGCUGGUCUCAAGCCAACCGACGAGGAAGCAGAGCAGCUCUUACAGUUGAUGACGAGCCGUCCACCAGCAACCCCAGCUGGGGUCCGCUUUGUCUCCCUCUCUUUCUGCAUGCUGUUGGCUUUUCCAAGCCUAGUCAGCACCCCUGAACAGGAGCAAAUGACUGUGAUGUGGUUGAGUUGGAUGAUCAGAGAGGAGGCGUAUUUUGAGAGCACUACAGGUGUGUCUGCAUCUUUUGGUGAGAUGCUGCUUUUGGUCGCAAUGUACUUCCACAGCAACCAGCUCAGUGCCAUCAUCGACUUGGUCUGCUCCACUCUGGGGAUGAAGAUCGCAAUUAAAGCAAGCUCACUGAACAGAAUGAAAACCAUCUUCACGCAGGAAAUCUUUACUGAACAAGUGGUAACAGCCCACGCUGUUCGAGUGCCUGUAACUGGUAACCUAAGUGCCACUAUCACUGGCUUCCUCCCAAUACAUUGUAUAUACCAACUACUGAGGAGUCGUGCUUUCACCAAACACAAGGUCUCCAUCAAGGAUUGGAUUUACAAGCAGAUGUGUGAAACAGUGACACCGCUGCACCCUCAGCUAAUUCCUCUGAUUGACGUUUACAUCAAUUCCAUCCUCACUCCAGCAUCCAAGGCUAACCCCGAAGCCACCAACCAACCCAUCACCGAGCAGGAGAUCAUCAAUGUAUUUAAUGGCCUUACCUGGGGAGAGAACAACCGAUUCCGACAACGACACAGUAUCACAGCACAACUCCUGGUCCUAUAUUAUACACUCUCAUAUGAGGAAAUCCUGUUAACUAAUACGAAACCAUUAGCAACAGCACAGAAGAAGCUCAAGUCCUACUCUUCAGCGUUAAUGGACCAAAUUCCAAUCAAAUACUUGAUUCGUCAAGCACAGGAGCGCCAACACGAACUAGGAGGCUUGCACUCCGCACUGCUGCGCCUGCUUGCUACAAACUACCCACAUCUAUGCAUGGUGGAUGACUGGAUGUGUGAGGAGGAGGUGACUGGCACGGAUGCUCUGUUGAGCAGGAUGUUAUUGACUAGUCAGGCCAAACAACACUCACCAACACAACUGCAAGAAGCUUUCCAAAUGGUCCCUGCCAAUCACACCCAACUGAUGCAGGUCUUGGAGGAUUUGACACUAUUAACAGCGAGCCAACUGAUCCCAUACGCUGAAGAAUUGAUGUCAGACUUGUACCGGCUGCUGGAGUCAGGUGUUCCCCAACGGAUCUUACAGACCGUCAACAAGCUCUGGAUGAUUCUCAAUACUGUAAUGCCGAGGAGGCUGUGGGUGAUGACUGUGAAUGCGUUGCAGCCGAAAGCCAAGCUGCUCAGACAGCAAAAGUACACUCAGAAUGACCUGAUGAUUGACCCGCUGAUUGUGUUGCGAUGUGAUCGUAGAGUGUACAGGUGCCCCUCUUUAAUGGACAUCACUCUGCACAUGCUAAAUGGCUAUCUUCUAGCUUCAAAGGCCUACCUGAAUGCUCAUCUGAAGGAAAACAUGGAGCUGGACAGCAAGCCAUACCAGAGCAAUAGCAUUGGGUUAAUGGGACAGCCAGAAGCCCCUGAGGUCACCAGAGAGGAAUUGAAAAAUGCCUUGUUCUCAGCACAGGACAGUGCGGCUGUUCAGAUUCUCCUAGAGAUUUGCUUACCUGCUGAGACGAGUGCUAAAGGUGCAGCCGGAUUCCGAAAGUCAUCUGAGGACAGUCAGGAGAAUUUGUUGAGCAAUCUCCGGGAGGUUCAGUGUCUUAUCUGCUGUCUUUUGCAUCAGAUGUUUAUUGCAGACCCUAACAUUGCCAAACUGGUUCACUUUCAGGGUUACCCCAGUGAAUUGCUGCCCUUGACAGUGGCUGGAAUACCCUCUAUGCACAUCUGUCUAGAUUUCAUCCCAGAGCUCUUGGCACAGCCUCAGCUGGAGAAACAGAUCUUCGCAAUCCAGCUGUUAUCCCACUUGUGUAUCCAGUAUGCCUUACCCAAAUCUCUCAGUGUUGCCCGUCUAUCUAUAAAUGUCAUGCAAACAAUCCUGACAGUGCUGACCCAAGCCAAGCGAUUUGCCUUCUUCAUGCCUACGUUGCCCUGUUUAGUAUCCUUCUGUCGAGCAUUUCCUCCGCUAUAUGAUGAUGUAACUUCAUUACUGAUCCAAAUUGGACAAGUUUGUGCCUCACAUGUUGCCACUCAGGCUCCGGAUAUUGACCCCAUCAUUACACGUCUCAAAUAUCUAAAAGAGAGAACAGAGGGGGGCAUUCAUCCCUGUCGAGAAGCAGCUUCAGAUCCGAUUAAGAAAGGGGAGCCUCCUGGGCCUGAGAGCGUCGACCCAGAGGUUCAGCUCUGCCAGUGUGUUGAAGCAACCUUUCUGGAAAUAAUAAAUACAGCUUCUAUUGGAGUAUAGAGGAAGGAGUGCUAAACACGAUCUGUGCUUGAAGAUCAAAAGUGUGGUGUAGCAGGGGCUGUCGAGAAGUGAAGGGGCAGUUGAGAAGUGACUGAAGCUGUAGUUCAGUACAAUCGGGGUGAACAUUCAGCUGAAGAAUGGAAUCAUUGGCUCCCUGUCCUGCCAGCACACAUGGACAGCAUUUGCAGCUGAGUUUUGAGCUGCAGCUUUGUCAAGAGCUGAACCCUGCAGAAAAGGGAUCACUUUUAUCUGUGUACAUUUUUCCAUGAUGUUGAUAUCCUUUUAUAUAUUAGAGCAUGUGCUGUAUCAGUUCAUUUCACUGGUAUACGAGUAUUUCUAGAUUUGUAGCGAUUGGAUCUAAAACGAGAUAUUCAUAACUGGAGUCACCGCCAAUAGUGGAGUCUCAAUGGUAACCUGUGUGCAUCACGCAAUAACCUUCUAAUAGGGGGAUUCUCGUGACGUGGUUCCAGUUACCAGCCAUACUUGUCCUUUGUGAAUAUCAUGCAUUUAAGACCCCAAAUAAAAUUAUUUUAUAUUC